AUGAGUGAUCAAGUGGAAGAACACGGCAAGAAAAAAGAUUCUGCCCAGGAAACAUCUGCAGAAGGAAAUGUCUCUCCUGCAAAGGACUGCUCAGUACAACAAAAACAAUUGCAAAGAGUUGAGAAACAAUUAAAAAACUUAAGCUUUCAAAAUCCAGGACCUUGUAUGGCUGAGUUCAAUCCUGCAGCUAGAGAGCAGAAAAAGAAAAUGAACAUGUCACAGAUGAAACAAGGUGUUUUUAAUAAGCCCAAAGUUAAAAAUAAGUAUGACAAACAUGGCAGGCUGCUUUGUAAUAACUUCGAUUUGUGUGAUUGCCUAGAAGAGAGCUGUCAGGGUUGCUUCUAUCCUUGCCCCAAAUGCAAUUCAAGAAAAUGUGGACCAGUAUGUCGCUGCAAUAGGGAAUGGGUUUAUGAAUCAAUUGAGACUGAAACUGGGGAAGUGAUCAGCCCAUUACCAUUUUCUGUCCCUGACUAA